GGACGUAAAAUUAGCCACGCCUAUCCGGAACCUUUUGUAACAUACCAGCAAACAGUUCAAGCUAGGACAGGCUAGUUGUCCACGUUAGUUUCAAUUGUGAGCUGCUGAAGUGAGGAGACUACCAUGCCUGGACUUCUGCUUGGAGACGAGUUCCCAAACUUCGAGGCCGAAACCACCAUCGGAAGAAUCAAGUUCCACGACUUUCUGGGCAACUCGUGGGGUAUUCUGUUCUCUCACCCCAGAGACUUCACUCCUGUCUGCACCACUGAGCUUGCCUGUGCUGCUCAGAUCAGCAAUGAGUUCAAGAAACGAGGUGUGAAGAUGAUUGCCUUGUCCAUCGACAGCGUUCAGGAUCACCACAGUUGGAGCAAGGAUGUGAUGGCAGUUAGCAGCGAGGCUGACGCCACGCUGCCCUUCCCCAUCAUCGCCGAUGACAAGAGGGAGCUGUCGGUCCUGCUGGGCAUGCUGGAUCCAGAUGAGAAAGACAAGGAUGGAUUGCCCCUCACUGCUCGCUGCGUGUUUGUGAUUGGCCCAGAUAAGAAGCUGAAGCUGUCCAUCCUCUACCCUGCCACCACAGGAAGGAACUUUAGCGAAAUUCUCAGAGUUAUCGACUCUCUGCAGCUGACUGCACAGAAGAAGGUUGCCACACCUGUGGAUUGGAAGCCUGGUGACAAAGUCAUGGUCAUUCCCUCGCUCUCUGAUGCUGAAGCUGCUGCUCUCUUCCCCAAUGGGGUGACAACUAAAGAAGUGCCUUCUGGGAAGAAAUACCUUCGCUACACCCAAAUCUGAAGACACAAAAGAAGACUGUCAUGCUACGUUUUCACUUGUAUUAUGACUAGGAAAUUUGGAUAACUGACCAACAUGCACCUAUCCCGUUUCGUGAAGUAAUUUCUGUUUAAGCACAGCACCAGGAAUAUUUUUAGUGUCACUGUACAGUGCCUCGUUGACCUAAAAUAAACACAUUUUCACGCA